UGGAGCGCGACGCUGGUUCCCAGAGGAGAGCCGGCUGCUGCGGUGCUGGUUCAGAGCCACAGGGCCGGCCUGACACGAUCGGCCCCGGGGGCCAACCAUGGAUCCCAAGUCGACUGAGGCACCUCCCAAGGACUCGGAACCCCCAGAACCUGUAGGGAAGCACGGCCGCUCAGCGCGCUCGGCAGCCUCCGUGCGCCCGGCAGCCUCCGUGCGCCCGGCAGCGCGCUCCUCCCAAACAGUUCAGCCCGGGCCGCCUGCGCCCUCCGCACGUUCAGUGAAGUCUGCACGCGUAGCACGUCCAGAAAAGAAGGCUGAGCCUAAGAAGGCCGAGCCCAAGCCCAAGCCACCCUCGAAGACCGAGUCUAAGCCACCCUCGAAGACCGAGUCUAAGCCACCUGCGGAGCCCGUGCAACUGCAGCCCUCUGGACUCCCUGAGCCCGACAAUGAGAAGGCUAAGGCAGCGAUCCAAAAGCGCGCUGAAGGCCGGGCCAAAGUCCCGCACAAAUUUAGGGACAGCAUCAAGCGUUUUUUCUUCUCGCCCACUGGAAUGCUGAAGAUCCUGAGGCUGGGAGUUAUCGUGGGAGCAUUAACUUUCUUCCUCAUCGCUGAAGCCCAUGAGUCGUUUAUAGCCAUCACGGUUCUGGAAAGCUGCAUCGUCCUGCUUUUCAUUAUAACAUAUAUGCUGACACUUCACCACUUGCUAACUUGUUUACGGUGGUCCUUACUUGAUCUUAUCAACAGUUUAAUUUCAGCUGUGUUCCUUUUAAUUGUUGCCUCCCUGGCAAUGCAAGAAAAGAAAAGAAGACCUUUUUUCUACAUCGGAGGGUCGCUCUGUCUCGCAGCGGCAAUCUUGUGUUUCCUCGAUGCCAUUCUGGUGACCAAGAAGAUGAGAAAUAAAAUGAAAAAAGCCCUGGGAGUCAAAGUCGAAACCCCGCCCCCGGAGCCCCAGCCGAAGCCUGUGCUGAAGCACUCCUCAACACCCAAGGCCACGAAGCAGAAGCCCUCGGUGGCCAAGCCCGGGCUCAUGAAGCCCACCCCAGCCCCCUAGCAGAUGCACCGCCUGUGUCUCAUCCCUCCCUCCGCUGAGCGCGCACGCUGUCACCCAUCCGGGCCUACACGUGACCAUAAAAUGGGGCUCUGAGUCGGAACACAUCUGCCUGCCUCUUCGUGUUGUCUUAUGUAACAGUCGCGUCACAUUUACAGGCCCAUGGCGCUGCCUCGGCGAAGCUCCGGGUACGAGGGACGGGACCCCAGGGUUCUAGACAACCCUUCCCCCAAAAAGCCGGAGCAGCGGCUGCAGACCUGGACCCAGUUGUUAGGCCUCGCUAGGACCAGGACGGGAGCUCUGCAUGGAGGAGGGGCCGGCAUGUUGGGCGCGGAGGUGGGACCCAGCAAAGGCUCACGAGGGCGGCGGGCGGCCUGCUGGGUGGGCGGGAGGCACCCGCACCCGCACCCGCACCCGCACCGGCACGGGCCUACAAGCCCAUGCUGGCGCGCGCGGAGACCGCGGGCGUUGGCGUUCGCUGGUCCUGGCGGUUAGCCGAAUCGGGCCUCUGAGCAGGUGGGUGACCACCAGGCUCCCUCGC